UAGGACCCAUGUAUUUGUGAUAAAAUCCAAACCAAAAGCACCAUGAAAAGUGACACAAAGGAGCCAGAAUCUCUCCUUUGUGAUCAGGGUAUGAGAAAUCAUCAUUCCUAUACUAAAAUCCUACCAAAGUAUAGCGUCUGGUUUCUCCUCUUUGUCUCCCUUGCCUACUUUUUCUACUCAGUCCUACUCAUAUCUCCUUUAAACCUUUACAAUCAAAACCCUAGUAUUCUCUCUCGUCAGUCCAUCAUAUCACCUCCAAUCCAGAAAGACGGCGCGCUUAACCAAAACCCUAAAACCCUGGAAAAGACACAGCUCCGUCACAUUGUGUUUGGCAUCGCUGCUUCUUCAAAUCUAUGGCACCGGAGGAAAAGCUACAUCAAGUUGUGGUGGAAACCCAAAGAAAUGCGAGGUUUUGUUUGGCUAGAUAAACAGGUCAAAAACAAUUCCGAUGACCAAAAUACCCUUCCACCAUUGAAGAUAUCGGGUAGUACUAAAAAUUUAAAGUACACAAAUUCAAAGGGUAGUCGGUCGGCUAUACGAAUAUCGCGGAUUGUAUCAGAGACGGUGAGACUAGGGUUACAAGAUGCGAGGUGGAUCGUGAUGGGGGACGACGAUACGUUUUUUGUUGCCGAAAACUUGGUUAGGGUUUUGGGAAAAUAUGAUCAUAACCAAUUUUACUAUAUCGGUAGUCCGUCGGAGAGUCAUAUACAAAAUAUUCAUUUCUCGUACAAUAUGGCUUAUGGGGGUGGAGGAUUUGCAAUUAGUUACUCAUUGGCUAAAGCUCUUGUGAAAAUGCAAGAUGGGUGCAUACAGAGGUAUCCUGGGCUGUAUGGCUCAGAUGAUCGGAUUCAAGCUUGUAUGGCUGAGCUCGGAGUCCCUCUCACCAAGGAAGUUGGAUUCCACCAGUUCGACGUGUACGGAAACCUGCUUGGGCUUCUCACGGCCCACCCGAUCGCACCCCUAGUCUCACUCCACCACCUCGACGUGGUUGAUCCCAUAUUCCCAUACGUCAACCGUGUUCAAGCCCUACAGCGGCUCAAGGUCCCGAUGAAGCUCGACUCGGCUGGACUCAUGCAACAGUCCAUUUGCUACGACAAGUCCAAAGGAUGGACCGUAUCGGUCUCGUGGGGCUACGCGGUCCAAAUAUUCCGGUCCAAAAUCUCGGCCCGCGAAAUGGAAAAGCCCCAGAGGACAUUCGUCAAUUGGUACAUGAGCUCUGAUUCGAACACUGGAUUUGCCUUCAAUACUCGGCCAUUUAUCAGGAAUCCUUGCCAGAGGCCAAAUCUGUACAUGUUGUCCAAUGCGGUGUUCAACCCUUCUACUAAUCGGACUGCGAGCGAGUACGUUAAGUCUCGGGCCCUCGGCCUAGAAUGCAAGCAGAACAAGGCUGGCCCUUUUGGGAUUCACAGAGUGGUGGUCUACAAAAAGCCUGAUCCUUAUUUGUGGGAUAAGGCUCGUAGAAGAAAUUGCUGCAGGAUCUUGCCAUCAAAGAAGACUGGGAUACUUCGAAUCGACGUGGGCGAUUGUGGAGAAAGUGAAAUCAUCCAAUAUUAAGCACAAGUGAUUAUGUAUCGUUAUCUUCCUUGUUACUUUCCCUGCCUCCCAUGCCCAUGCUACAUGCAUGCUGAUGAGAAGAUUUCCCUGUACGUAAACGAAAAACGAAGUUUAUUUUCACUUCA